GAGCUAGUUCCGGAAUUUGUUUAUUUUCGGUUUCUUUUCUUCCUCCCCACAUGUGCGGUAACCGACUGAACAACACCUUUUGUGAUAUUGUUUAAGUCUGUGUCUGUAUCCUUCAAAAUGGGUAGACGUAAGUGGAAAGCUAAGAAAUUGGAGAAGAAACUACAGAAAGAGAGCGGAUCUGGACUUCAGUCUGAUCAGUUGUCACACAACAAGCGAAAAGACUCCACGGUCCCGGAACAACAAUCCCAAAUGAAACUUGAUAAACAGGACAUGGAGAGUGAAGAUUCGGAUGUUGAGAUGGCUUCUGCAAAGAAACUGGCUACUCUAAAAACUAAAAAAAAGUCUGGAGGAUUCCAGUCAUUGGGUUUGUCUCAUGGGGUCCUUAAAGGUGUUCUCCGGCGAGGGUAUAAAGUGCCUACCCCUAUCCAGAGGAAGACCAUUCCGUUGAUCCUGGAGGGCAAGGACGUGGUGGCCAUGGCAAGAACAGGCAGUGGUAAAACUGCAGCCUUCCUGAUUCCUUUGUUUGAGAGACUGAAAGUGAGAUCCUCAACAGGAGCGCGAGCCAUCGUGAUGUCGCCGACCCGUGAACUGGCGCUGCAGACCCUCAAGUUUGCCAAGGAGCUGGGCAAGUUCACUGGUCUGAAAGCUGCUGUCAUUCUUGGAGGAGACAAAAUGGAUGAUCAAUUUGCUGCACUCCAUGAAAACCCUGACAUAAUCAUCGCCACGCCUGGCCGUCUGCUUCACGUCUUGGUUGAGAUGGAGAUGAAGCUGAAAUUAGUGGAAUACAUCGUCUUUGACGAAGCCGAUAGGUUGUUUGAGAUGGGCUUCCAAGACCAGCUGCAGGAAAUGAUCCACCGUCUCCCAGAGUCGAGGCAGACAGUCCUGUUCUCUGCCACCCUGCCAAAACUGCUGGUGGAGUUUGCCCGAGCCGGCCUCACCGAGCCCACCCUCGUACGUUUGGAUGUGGACAGCAAACUCAGCGAAAACUUACAGCUCUCAUAUCUCUCGUGCCGAGAGGCUGAUAAGUGUGCUUUGCUGUUUUACCUACUGAAACAUGUGAUAAAGCCAAAGGAACAGACAGUCAUCUUUGCAGCAACAAAACACCACGUGGAGUUUUUAAAUUUGCUGCUGACUCUGAGUGGGCUUUCGGUGACCUACAUCUACAGCUCUCUGGACCAGGCUGCUCGUAAGAUAAAUGCGGCCAAGUUCUCGCUGGGCAAGGUCAAGAUCCUCCUGGUGACAGACCUGGCCGCUCGGGGCAUCGACGUGCCACUGUUGGACAACGUGAUCAACUUCAACUUCCCGGCAAAGCCCAAACUGUUUGUUCAUAGAGUCGGUCGUGUGGCGAGAGCGGGUCGCACGGGCAUCGCUUACUCACUUGUCUCCCCUGAUGAGAUGGGCCACCUGGUGGAUCUACACAUGUUCCUGGGACGGCCGCUCAAACUCGUGCCUUUAGGGCAGAAAGUGGAAGAUGUGGACGGCUGCCUGGGAGAAGUGCCACAGAGUCUGAUUGAUGAUGAGGACGUGGAGGUACAGCAGACUAUCAAGGACUCAGUGGAUUUGUCAGGUCUGGUGAAGGUUUGCACGAAUGCGUACAGGAAGUACGCCAAGUCGCGACCAGCCCCAGCGGCCGAGUCUGUGCGGCGCGUGAAGAAGAUGGUGGAGGAGGGUGUCAUGCUGGGGGUCCACCCAAUGUUUGACUCUGCUGAUGUUGAUGAGAAGGGCGUCCGACUGGAAAUGUUGAAUGCUCUGAAAAGCUACAAACCUAAAACCACAAUCUUUGAAAUAAACAGCACCAGUAAAAAGUCUGGGCUGGCCGUGAUGAAGGCUAAGCGAGAGCAGCACGAGAGAAUUAUCGUCAGCAACGAGGAGAGGAGGGCGGAGAAAGACCAGGAGCAGACGUCCUUAUCUUCUUUUAUGCCCGAGUCGACGACGUUCACGUGGACGUCCAAGCCAGCGGAGCAGGGAGACAUUGAUGCGGUGUUUGAUGAAGUAGUAUCUUCAAGGGCAAAGAACUCUCGCAAGUCCAAAUCGGCUAAAUCUGCCGCCAUCCCAACAGAGAUCAAGGACAAAGAGAACUUUAUUGAGUACAGACCUUCCGAUUAUGCCUCGGAAAGAGGGUUGAGCAUCGCCAACAACUUUGAGCGUGAAGCUGCUGGCGCUGUCCUGGACUUCACCAAUGAGGAUGAUGAGGGGAACAACGACAAGAAAAAGAGGAAGUGGGACAGAAAGCGUAAGAAGUUUGUCACAGAGAACGAUGAAGGUGGGAAGAAGAAAAAGAUCAAGACAGAAAGCGGCAACUGGAUAUCAGCGUCAUACAAGUCCAAUGCUUAUGUGGAGUGGCGGAAUCGGAGCAAGCGGGGAGACUAUGACGAUGAUGACGACGGUGAUGGUGGUGGGAAGAUGAAGAAGGGAGGAGGUGGACAGAGGGGAGCAGGCAGUGACGGAAAGUUUACGGUUGUUGGCAUGAGGAAGAGAAAGUGGCACACCAGAGGCAUGGAGAAUGAGACGAGCAGCAAGCAGAACAAGAUGAAGUUCAAAAAGGGCAAGGGAGAGCUGCACUCCGCGGAUCAGAUCCUCAAGAAACGUCGACAAAAGGCCAAGGUUCAGAACUUCCAGAAGUUCCGACAGAACACCAGAGCCAAGAGGAAAGGAGGAGGGAAAGACACUGGGAAAGGAAAGGGGAGAUGAUUUUUAUGAUCGAGAGUGUCGUUGCUGAGGGUGGAUAAGUGUGUACUGUACAGCGAAUGUUUGUGAUAUCACGCAGGCUAUGUUUGUAUGUGAGUGAAUGGAGGUUUAUGUGGCAGAUUGUUAUAACAUUAUUGUUUUUGAUUAUGUGUUUACACAUACAAGUUGAUUGAGUUGUGUAUAACAGUGUUAUGAUUCUGAGUGUCUAAAAAAAAAAGAGGACCUAUUUAAAGAGCAAUAACUCGGUCAUCUUUUGACCAAUUUCAACGAUACUUUGAAGAAAUGAAGUUCAACCAGAGGGACAUUACAUUAGUCAAAAUGAAAAAAAUCAACCGCCAUGUUGUUUUAAAAAAAUCAAGUUUUAAAAAAAAUUUCCGUCACAAUUGAGUGAAACGCAAUACUCUGCAAUGUCUUACAAAUCAACAAUACUGAUCUAUUUGAAAUAGUCCUUAUUUACGCAUUGAAGAAGGAAUUAUUCAAAAAAUUAGAUUGCUAAAUAAAUUCAGGGCGGUGAUGGUUAUUUAAAUCUCUAGGGAUUUACCAUUCUCUCCAUACAAGCUCCAGUACGGCACUGGAAAUUUAUAACAACUAGUGGCAUGCCUUUUAGGGUCAACUCUUUGGAUGUCCUGUUCAACAUGGAGUUUCAACUGUUCGAUCGUUUGUAUCUUGUUUUCGUAGACUCUUGUCUGUCAUAAACACCCCUAAGGUAAUAAUUUAAUUGGUUCAAGUUUGGAGGAGUUUGGUGACCAUUCAUUUGUAAACUUUUGGUUAGGGUGUUCGACUCUCAUUCAAAGGUCCCGUUUUCAAAUCUGGGUAGCGGCAGAAAAAUAUUCUUCUCUAAAAUUGUCUCCUUUCACCUCCUUUCAUGUUCUAUACCAAUGCUCUAUCAUCUGCUUUCGUCUCCCUCACCUCCUUUGCCCCCUCCUCUGGGCUCCUGACUCUUUCUGCAGCCUUUACAUGUAUGCAGGCGUUAUGGGUAGAGUGGGUUGUGCAGGACCUUUAUGACUGCGCGUUCCUCUUCUUGGAAUCAGACGGAAGAGGUGUUAAUGUCUUUCUAUUACACCCCCUCCGAUGUUUUGUCACGGACAUUUUCAGAGCCUUUUCCAUGACUUUCUUGGCAGCUGCAUGCAACUGUAGAUUCACUGAGACUUUCUAGAGCGACACUGAAGCAAGUUCACUUUUACGUGUGUUUUGUGCUGUUUUCAACUCCUGCUUGUAGUCUUUGCAAGCAGAACACAUAUUUUGCACUAAAGCUGGUUUCACCUCAGAGUGUAAAAUUUCUUGCCUCUUGAAAACUUCAACAGAUGUUUUGUUCCUAGACAGUAGGAAGUAUUUAAUUGACUGGCAGCUACUAAAGACUUUAACUUUAAUGCUCAUUGAGCCAGCCUUGUUGUCUAAGACAUCUUUCAUAAGGUUGAAGGAGCUAUUAACUUGAGGGCUGUGAAAACAGCUGAAAGCUGCGCUAGCAAUCUUUGUCAGCAGCGGAUAUAUUGGUUUACUGAACAGUAACUCCACCAACUGACGACAUAUACUCCAUCAUAGAUGGGAAGCCCACCCUUCCAAACUGAAAUCCACACUGAAAGCAGUUGCUUCUCUUGUUACACUCUCCAUCUCCUCUUCAGAAAAUAAAAAUGUAAACUUACUAAUGAGGGCAUUCAAUUUGUUUUGUGUUGGCAGUAUCGAUGGAUCUAGAGCUGUCAGAGUCUGCAAAUCACAGCUGUUCAGGGGCAGCUUAUGAACGAGUAAAGAGCCAGCUUUGGCGUAGGCUUCAAACAGAGUAUUGUACAGCGACCUUACAAGUUUUUUUUAAUCUUGGCAAGUGCUGAAGAUUUGAUGGGCAGUGGUACUAACAAAUAUAUUAUUUCUGUCAAGAAAGCCAUCUUCUGUCAGCGGAAAUUUUGACAAGGUUGUGGCAGACAUUCCGUUUAUAAAUGAGCUUUUCACAAAACAUGCAAGAAAUGUUCUUGUCAUCUUUUGUUGCUCUGACGACAGCCUGUGAAUAAGAGUGUCCUUUUUCUGGGACUUUGUGAAGUAUUCCUUAAAAAUUUGAAGUAUAUUCAUGUAUAAAUUCAAAAUGACAAGUGUUUUUGUUUGAUGCUCAAACAAGUGUUCUAUUAUUCUGAUCUUUCUUGCCUUUCCUUCUGUAGUUUGCGUCUUGGCUUUACCACAUAAAACACUCACAAUUUGAAGGGCUCUUUGCCUAGCCUUGUCAGUUGGAAGUUUGUUGAGCAACAAUUCAAACACACCUCCGUACACACCUUGCUGAUGAACAGGAAUAUAGGCCCAAUAAAGCAAGGCAUACAUCUCGAGAAGUCGCGAUGUGUCCAGUGCUCUGUCAUAAGCAGAAAGCCACCCAUGGUUAAUAAAUCGCUGUGGGAUGGUGAACCGAACUCCUCCAAGGCGGCAUAGUUGGGCCAUGAAUUUCUUCUAUUGAUAUUUGAAGUCCAUGUGGAGGUCAGUGAAUAGCACUUCCACCCAGGAGCCAAAAGGCUUACAGAAAGAUUUGACAACAUUAUGAAUGUCAGGAACCACCAUCUAUAUCUAACAGAUGAGGCACUUUCUCCCUGAGCCUAGCCUCCACACCUUUUUUGCAGCCUCUCAUGACAUCACAACUAUCGAAAUGGGCAGACACUAGGUUUGACCAGGGAAUUGCAUUUUCCUUGAUAACAGAAGUAAUUGCAGUAAAAAUAGACUCUGCAUCAACUUUCUCUAAUUCAACAGAUGCCAAAUGUUCAACAAGUGGUGUGUCUUCCUAGUUGACGCACACUCUAACUAUUAGCACUCGUUUGCCAUGGCAUGUUGUACUUUCGUCUGCAGACAGAGAAAAAGGUCGACUUCUCAUCAUCUGUAGUGUCUCUUCUGACAGAGUUUUACCAAUGCCAUACUGGGUCUUGUAGGAGGCUCUUGUUUUGGACAGGGAAACUCCUGCAAGGGCUUGGGAAUCUCUUGAGCAUUCAGUAAUAAGCUCAACAAGGGAACUACUGAGGGAGAGGGGAAGGGAGUUCUCUGCCAAAUAAGCAAGAAUCAUAGCUUCCAUGUUCGCAGUUCUGUCAAUAAGAGGGAUUAAGGGUUUCCCUGGAGCUGAACUUGAUACUUCAGUCGGGGCAACUGUCUGACCACUACUCUUUCGAUUAGUCAAAAAGGUAGAGAAAAUUUUUUUGUCUUAGCGGGCACACUAUCUAUUUCAGCAGACAAGGAAUUAUGUCGGCUGAACAUGCCUCCAAGAGUGUAGUUUGAAGCUCGUGUCUUCACGUGAGACUUGUGUUUCCCUUGCCGACAAUGUUUGAGCAAGUUUCCCUUUCCAUUGCCACUAUAAUUCAAUUUAUCAUCACACCAUUGACAAUAGACAAAUCCGGGAACAUCAGUCUAAACAAUACACUCACCCAGGGUGUACUCCAAUUUUCCUCCAUUUUCGCGUUCGAGUGUCACAACCUCGGAGCACCAUUUCCAUGACCACUUAUUCUUGAUUUUUUGGUUUAUUUCUUUCACAGUGGCCUUAUCUUGCUCACGUAGAAUUCUCAUACUGACAAUGUAGUUUCUAGCUCCAGCAGAUUCACUUUCAUUCUCAUGGGAAUUUUAUUUAUAGUAAUCUAGAUCUAGAUCUAAAUCUAUUCUCAAAUUCAAAUCACUCAUCAUCUUUUUUAAUUUAACACACAGAAAUUCCAGCCACUGUAGAUCUCCGAAGAAUGAGAGAAUACACAGUACUUUGGUGUAAAAGGAAGGCGAUAGUGGUCACAUAAAGUCACUUGAACGAAGUCACAUGAAGUCCAAAGAGUUAUUUUACAAUACCCUCUUUGCGUAAAGUUAAACGAAAUUCACCAUGGCGACCAAAAGCGACAAGCCAGAUUUUUGCCGAUUUGUAGGCUAAGUGAAAAUGUACUGCUGACCAAUCCGCAACGGAAGUUGUAUAGAGAGACAAUGGCCGAGUGAACGAAAUACACAACCUGGCAUGUUUUGAUGCUGAAUUUCCGUAAUUAACAUCCAAGCUUUUCUUAUGGAGGCAGGUACGGACCAAUUGUUACGGAAAAUCAGUUUGGCCUGCGCGAUCGAAAUUUUUUACGGAUGGAGUUGGGGCGGUCAAGGCGGCAAGUACGGAUUUCCGUAAAAAUACGGAAGAGUGGGAGCUCUGAUUACUUCUUUCUUUCUCUCCAUUAGUCUGCCUGACAUACCUGUUCAUCUCAGCUUUGAAAAGCUUUAUCAUAGCUGGUGUGAUGAACAGGCUAAAUGGUGUUGUGACAUUUGGGUCCUGAGUGUCAAAAUUCAUCUUUGUUUGACCAGUAAAUGGGGGUACCAGAGGGAAGUCUGUGAGAUUUUGUCCCCACUUAUACAUGAACUCAUCAUCGACUAUCAUGAAGUCUGUGAGAUUUUGUCCCCACUUAUACAUGAACUCAUCAUUGACUAUCACAAAGUCUGUGAGAUUUUAUGCCCACUCAUACGUGAACUAUGAACUCAUCGUCGACUCUCAUGAAAUCUGUGAGCUAAGCUAUGUCAAACAAAAGUUUGUUCCCUGGGAUACUUUCAUUUGUGCUGCCUCAACAGAAAUGAAAUGCUAUCGGCCGAUGCGUCUCCAGCGGAGCUCAAGGCUAUUGGGCGUGCUCUAGUGACCGAGAUAUUGUCCUUUAAGUGGGUCCUUUUUUUCUUCUAAGACACCCCCUCUACCAUAUGAUUGAUAUGGUGAUUACUUUUUUGGUUCAGUGAACUGACAUACCGUAUAUAUGUGUGUGAUUGAAUGUUGUGGAGUGUGAUUGAAUGUUGUGGAGUGUGAUUAUGUGGCAUAACCUAUACUGAAAAAAAACACAACCUACUGUUAAAUGUAUAGCAGAUUGUUUUCUUGUUCUGUAUACACAAUGGGCAAUAAAUGUGGAAAAAAUAAAAGUGAAGAAUAUGGAUUCAA